AUGUUACAGGAGAAACGAAUCGAAAUCAUGGAUAAACCGAAGUCCGGAAAUCCGUUUAGUAUAAGCAGAGUCUUAGCUGAUGAUUUUGGGAAAAAUCUGAAAAGUUCCCUUCCAGUGAUAAGAUCAAGUCAACCGUCAUCUCCCGAUAUAGCCAACGAUUUCCCUUUGUCACAAAGUGCCCUUAAUCUCCCUUCAACAUUUAGCAAUAACAACUACAAAGGUGCCUUAGACAAGAUGUCCUUUCCGCAUCACAGCGAACUCUAUCGCUUGGUGGAUUGUCAUUCCGCUUUGCUAAUGUCACACGUUACUGAAAGCACAAGCGUUAAAUUAAAUAACGGCCGUGUGUCCUCUUUCGGUGACAGUAAAUUAACGGCUCAGAAUCUGAGUAACGGUCGGGUUAAAAUGUCCCCGAUAAGUCCCGUUUCGGAGCCAGACACACCAAAGUUACACAAUGUUCAGAUACAUGACUGUCAGCAAGACUUGACCGAGUUUACCAAAAGCCUCCUGGAAAAGCAUUCUACUGAAUACCAACACAGCAACGAGGCAGCGGAUUCCGUAGAGCAACGAAGCUACUGCAGUUCGCCGGGUUCUUUAGAUGAUUCGCUCUUCGACAAGGAAGAUCAGAAUAACAACAGCGAUGUUGAUAUUGAUGACGAAGUCGAUGAAACGGAACAUCCGGAUUACAGCAAAGCUUCAGAAAGUGGCGAUAAAACACCGAAUCCCGACCUGGACAAAGACCCUGAAAAGAAAGAAAUUGGCGUUAAGAAUGAGAAUAAUUCAAAAACCGAGGAAGAUAAGAAGAACGAGAAACCUCCGUUCAGCUACAAUGCCCUCAUCAUGAUGGCGAUCAGAAGCAGCCCGGAGAAGAGAAUGACGCUGAGUCAAAUUUAUGAGUUUAUUACCAAGAACUUUCCCUACUAUAGAGAUAAUAAACAAGGUUGGCAGAACUCAAUCAGACAUAACCUUAGCCUCAACAAAUGCUUCCUCAAG